AUGGAUGAUCAAAAAUCAACAACAACUGCUGCUAUUGAAAGAACAGCUGCUACCACGUCUAGUUCGACUGUGCCGUCUCGUCGUAUUUGUCGAAUGAUUCAAAACUUUCUUCUCGUCUGGCUCGAUGCCAACAUUGAUGAAUCGAAGGAAGAUUUUAAAAAUUCAUUGACAAACCUACGACAUAUUGUGGCAACAAUCACAACAUUCACAGAUGCUGAUCAAUGUGUUGAUUUUCUCCGUGACAUUGAAGAUGAAAAAGUGUUCAUGAUUGUGUCUGGUGUACUGGGACAAAAUAUCCUACCAGAUAUUCAAGCAUUGCCACAAUUACACUCAAUCUAUGUUUUCUGUGAAAACCAAUCGAUUCAUGAACAAUGGGCCAAAAAAACACUCAAGGUAAAAGGUGUAUACGCACAAAUUGAACCGAUUUGUGAAGCAUUAAAAAUCGAUCGUGAAUAUUGUGACCGAGGUAUGAUCCCGAUCAGUUAUCAUGGCAUUGAUGUGUUAUUUAUGUAUACGCAAUUGUUAAAGGAAGCACUUUUGGAAAUCGAAGAUGAUGAUACAAAAUCGAUUAAAGAACUCGUUGAGUACUGUCGUCUUCAAGACGAUGUUUCUGAACAAACAAUCGAAAAGAUCGAACGAGAAUAUCGUAAUCAUACACCCAUUUGGUGGUACACGGGUCCAUAUUUUAUCUACUCAAUGCUCAAUCGUGGUCUUCGACAAAUGGAUGUCGACAUUAUACUUAAAAUGGGCUUUUUCAUCCGCCAUCUACAUCAGCAUAUUACAGAAUUACAUCGCGAACAACAAAGCAGCAAAGCAGCUAUGCCAUCGAAAUUUCAAGUUUUUCGUGGUCAAGGCUUAUCCAUGAAAGCCUUUGAAAAAAUGAAGAAAACCGAAGGUGGACUAAUGUCCUUUAAUAAUUUCUUAUCGACAAGUCGUAAUCGUGAAAUUUCUUUCCAAAGCUUUGCACGGCCGGCAGCAUUCGAUGCGAAUUCAGUUGGUAUCCUUUUCGUUAUGAGCAUCGAUACGACCAUUUGUACAGCAUCAUCGACGCCUUUCGUGAACGUUAAAGAUAUUGGCUUCUACGAUGAUAAAGAAGAAGAAAUUCUCUUUUCCACUCAUACAAUUUUUCGUAUCGAUCGUAUAGAACGUAUUGAAGACAAGCAUACAGAUCGUCUCUGGCAAGUAAAUCUCACCCUCGCCGGUAAUCAAGAUAAUGAUUUUAACAGACUUACAGUACGUUUACGCGAAGAGCUUGACGUUGUGGGAACAGGGUGGUCUCGACUCGGUCAAAUUCUUAUUAAAGUGGGAGACUUCGAAAAAGCGGGACAACUCUAUCAGCUGCUCCUUGAGAAGACAUCUUCUGACGGAUGCAAAGCACAGUAUAAUUGUCAACUUGGCACGGUGUAUCAAAGCAUAGGAGGAUACUCCAAGGCAAUAACAUUUUAUAAAAAAGCAAUCGAUAUCUACAAGGAAAUGAACCCUCCGAGUCAGCUUGGCUUGGCUGCUACCUACCAAGGCAUGGGUAAUGUGUAUUAUAACAUGGGCGAGUACUUGGAAGCACUUUCAUCAUACGAACGAUCACUUGAAAUCCGAAAAAUAGUCCUCCCUCCGAAUCAUUUCGACUUGACUGCUUCCUACAACAACAUCGGUAUGGUGUAUGAUAACAUGGGCGAGUAUCCGAAAGCACUUUCAUCGUACGAACGAUCACUUGAAAUCCAAAAAAUAGCUCUCCCUCCGAACCAUCCCGACUUGGCUAUGUCCUACAACAACAUUGGUUUGGUGUAUAAUAACAUGGGCGAGUACUUGAAAGCACUUUCAUAUUACGAAACAUCGCUCCAUAUCAGCAAGGAAGCUCUCCCUCCAAAUCAUCCGAACUUUGCUGAAGCCUACAACAACAUUGGUGUGGUGUAUUCUAAUAUGGGCGAGUACUCGAAAGCAAUAUCAUCGUGUGAAAGAUCAAUUGAAAUUCGAAAAACAACUCUUCCUCCAAGUCAUCCCGACUUGGCUACCUCCCACAACAAUAUCAGUUUGGUGUAUUCUAACAUGGGCGAGUACUCGAAAGCACUUUCAUCGUGCGAAAGAUCACUUGAAAUUCGAAAAACAGCUCUUCCUUCAAGUCAUCCCGAUUUGGCUACUUCCUACAACAAUAUCAGUUUGGUGUAUUCUAACAUGGGCGAGUAUUCGAAAGCACUUUCAUCGUGUGAAAGAUCACUUGAAAUCCGAAAAAUAGCUCUUCCUUCAAGUCAUCCCGACUUGGCUACUUCCUACAACAACAACGGUUUGGUGUAUUCUAACAUGGGCGAGUAUCCGAAAGCACUUUCAUUGUGCGAAAGAUCACUUGAAAUCCGAAAAAUAGCUCUCCCUUCAAAUCAUCCCGACUUGGCUACUUCCUACAACAACAUCGGUCAUGUGUAUUAUAACAUGGGCGAGUACUCGAAAGCACUUCGAUAUUACGAAAAAGCUCAAGAAAUCUGGCAAAAAUCACUGCCUCCAACGCAUCCGCAUAUUGCACUUGUGAAAAGUAAUAUUGAGAUUGUGAAAAAGAAAAUGUAA